UCUCUCUCUCUCUCUCUCUCUCUCUCUCUCUCUCUCUCUCUCUCUCUCUCUCUAUUUCUUUUGUGGUAAGAUCAGAGCAAGUUCUCUUUGUGUUCUUUCUUGUUCAGUGUUAAAACAUUCUCGAGUACCCCAAAAGAGCAAGAUGUCUAUAAGAAGAAUCUACCGAUGUUUGAAUGCUUUAAUCAAAAGAUCAUGUGCUCGAUCUUUUUGAUCAUAUGUACCACUUCACACUUUGUUUCAACACUCAAGUUUUCAAAAAAAAAUUAUCUUUGAUGUUUGUUACACUUGAGAAUAACUCCUUUGAAUUCACCGAAGAUAGAUCAUAAAUCAUUAGAUCAGGAAAGCCAAGACUCCGAGAAGAAUCAAGAAUGGUGCGUACACCCUGUUGCAAAGCUGAAUUAGGGUUAAAGAAAGGAGCUUGGACUCCCGAGGAAGACCAGAAGCUUGUCUCCUACCUUAACAAUCACGGUGAAGGUGGAUGGCGAACUCUACCCGAAAAAGCCGGACUCAAAAGAUGUGGCAAAAGCUGCAGACUGAGAUGGGCCAAUUAUCUAAGACCUGACAUCAAAAGAGGAGAGUUCACUGAAGAUGAAGAAUGUUCUAUCAUCUCUCUUCACGCCCUCCACGGCAACAAAUGGGCUGCUAUAGCUCGUGGAUUACCAGGAAGAACGGAUAAUGAAAUCAAGAACUACUGGAACGCUCAUAUCAAAAAACGUUUGAUCAAGAAAGGUGUCGACCCGGUUACACACAAGAGCUUGAUCUCCGGGACCAGCAAAUCAGAAAACCUCCCGGAGAUUCUUGAUAAACAAAACACUAUUCAGACAACUAUAACGAGUAACGAUGAUCUAGGUAAUAAUGAGAAGGUCAAGAAGUCAAGAUUAUCAUCAGCUAGGUUCUUGAACAGGGUAGCUAAUAGGUUCGGAAAGAAAAUCAAUCAGAGUGUUCUCUCGGAGAUUAUCGGAAGUGGUGGCCCACUCACUACUACUACUGCUACUACUACUACAAGUGUCACCGUUGACUCUGAAUCAGAUAAGUCAACGAUUUUUUCCUUCGCACCAACUUCGUAUCUUCUCAACCAGAUGACCGUUAAUGAUAACGGUAACGCUGCGUCGCCUCCCUCCAUGUUCUCUGAUUCCUCCGUUAAUGAUCCUUUAAUGUACUCUAGUGUUGAUAAUGUCGGAUUCUCAGAGUUUCUGAAUGACCAACAUUUCAUGUUGUUGGAAGUUGAGAACACUGAGUUCAUUAAUGAACUUACGAGGUUUCUUCAGGAGGAUGUUAACAAUGACGUAGAGGUGACCCCGGUCUAUGAACAUCAAGAAGAUUUCGAAGAGAUUGAUAACUAUUUUGCAUGAGUGAAUCUUCUGACGAAUCCCAUAUAUAUGAUCACUUGAAUUUGAUCAUGUACAUGUUGAUUGAAAUAUUACCGUGAAUGAUAUGCUAAUAAUAGAAUAAUAAUAAUCAUGCUAAUGAUAGCGUGUAGUAUUGUGAUAUGUGCGUGUCUUUUUCGUGAUUUUCUAGUUUUUUCAUAUUUUGUAAGUUUGCCGUCAAGUGUGUUUCGUAUAAAAUGGAUAGUAAUGGCGAUCAGUUAACGAGAGUAUUGUCUAUUUGUAUUUGUA